CAAAGUUUGCAAUAAAACAAUUAUAGUUUUAAUUAAAAAUCAUAAGCUAAGUUUAGAAUAAUUUAAAAAAUUAUGGAUUCGUAUAUAAUGCAGCUACGAAAAGUCUGGCUUAGCCAGGAUGGUGAAACACUUGCAGAUUUAUUAUCAUUAAGGCAUAGUCAUACAUCUAUUCCUCAACUCAAAUCAGAAACUGCGAUGACCAAAGCAAUGGAACAUCUUUCAGCACCUUUUGAUGACCUUGUUAUUCUUCAUCUCAAGACCAUUUCGUCUGCUAGUAAAGACGAACCUCGAACUAUGUACAAUUAUCAAAGCUCAGUUGUGCAAAGCCUGACGAAAAUUCUCCAGCUUCAGAAAGAAGAAAACUGGAUGCUGCCAGUAAUGAACGUCGUCUGCUUAGAGCUCAGGCUGUUGGCUAUACAGGCCGAAAAUACAAAAAGUAAAAACACAAAACCUGGCGAAGUACUAGAAAAAUGUGCAGAAUGUUUGAUGGGUUGUUUCCGAGUAUGUGCAGCAGAUAAUCGAAGCUCUGAAGAAGACACUAAACGUUGGGGAAUGUUGGCGCUAGUUAAUCAGUUGCUUAAAGUUUACUUUCGAAUCAAUAAACUCCACUUAUGCAAACCUCUCAUACGAGCCAUCGAUUCGUCUGUUUAUAAAGAUCACUUUCCAUUGGCUCAAAGAGUAACGUAUAAAUUUUUCGUGGGAAGAAAUGCUAUGUUUGAUAGUAAUUACAGAUCUGCUGAUGAAUAUCUUACAUUUGCUUUCGAACGUUGCCACAAACAGUCAACAAAAAAUAAAAGAUUAAUUCUCACUUAUCUAGUGCCUGUGAAAAUGUUGCUGGGUUUCAUGCCAAAAAAGAGUCUUCUAGAAAAAUACAAUCUCAUGGAAUUUUGGGACCUUGUUGAGGCAGUCAAAAAAGGAGAUUUGAGAAAAUUGGAAGCAGUGAUGACUGAACAUGAAAGUUUUUUCAUCGGUUCUGGUAUUUAUCUGAUUGUCGAAAAAUUAAAACUGUUGGCAUACAGAAAUCUCUUUAAAAAAGUUUGGCUGGCUUUGAAUACUCAUCAAAUACCCGUAGAUAAUUUAUUGACGGCUUUAGAAAUUUAUGGAGUCGAAGAUGUCGACAUGGAUGAAACUGAAUGUCUCGUUGCUAAUUUAAUCCACGAAGGCAAAAUCAAAGGAUAUAUUUCACACCAGCAUAAAAAACUUGUUAUUUCUAAACAAAAUCCCUUUCCUCGACUUUCAUCAAUUAUUUAACAACCGGAAGUAUGUACGAUUAAGUUGCUGAUAUAUGUAUUCUAUUUAAUUAGUGAUUAUAAAAUUAAAUCAUUUUUAAUAAAUAACUUUAAUUCAAAAAAUAAAUUUUUUUUUUCAUAAUUUCACUACAUUGGUUAUGUAUAAAAUGAACUUAUGAUAAUUAAUUAUAUAUUUUGUACAUUAAGACAUAAAUAAACUUUUACGUGUACAGUAAAGUAUCUUUAUACACAGAAAUUGUUUUGCGUUUUAUUUUCAGAGACGUUUACUUGGCGCGAAAUACUACCGGGUCUCUUGAUAUGAAGUACGCAAGUAAAAUUAUGUAUUAAUUGUAGUUUAAUAAAUGUGUAUUACUAGUA